CUUCACUGUGAUGUCACACGGAAAACAGCCCGUACAAUGAAUCUUUUUAAAUGUCGGGGUAUCUCGACUUCAUUUCAGACGAAUAUAGGCACAAUUUUCUAUUUGAACAAGCAAGCACAUUCGAAUACAGAAAAUGGCAACAACACAAGCUGCGAAUGUCGCGGAACGCAUUGUCGGCCAUGGAGACAAUGCGGACAUUGCCACCGAUAUAACCAACUAUUCUAAGAACGAAGCCGGGCAAGAGACGGGUGAAAAGAUUAAGGCGACGAUAUGGACUGGAAAGAAGAGCGUGCAAAUCGUUGAAAUGCCCAAACCCAGGGUUAUCGACCAAGACGAUGUUAUUGUCAAGAUAACGGGGAGUACGAUCUGUGGAAGUGACCUCCACUUGUAUCAUGGUGUCAUCCCUCAAAUGCAGAGAGGCGACGUCCUGGGCCAUGAGUUCUGCGGUGUUGUCGAGAGCGCAGGACCAGGUGUGAAGAACUUCAAAACAGGCGAGCGUGUCGUUGCAUCAUUUCCCAUCGCUUGUGGUAAAUGCUUCAAUUGCAAGAAGAAGUUGACGUCGCAAUGUGACCGGACCAAUGCGAAUACUAUCGAGAAUGUGAUGUAUGGAAAGAGAACAUCGGGAUUAUUCGGAUACAGCCACUUCACUGGCGGUUUCGCCGGAGGUCAAGCAGAGUAUGUCCGCGUGCCACAUGCGGACAUGAACCUACUCGGACUCCCGGAUGAUGUCCCUGACGAGAGAGGACUCUACCUAUCAGACGUGCUGUCAACAUCAUGGCACUGUGUCGUCGACACAGGCAUCAACAAAGACGAUGUCGUCGCCGUCUGGGGCGCAGGACCAAUCGGCCAAAUGGUCGUUGAAUUCAGCUUCUACCAUGGCGCCAGCAGAGUAAUCCUCGUCGAUGGGGGAGACGCAUCCUGGAGACUGGAUUUGGUCAAGUCCAAGAUUCCUCGUGUUGAGCUGCUUGAUUUUACGAAAUUGCCAAAAGGCGAGUCGGUUACUUCGCAACUCAAAAAGAUGGUUGAUCAUGGGCCAGAUGUAGCUUUGGAUUGUACUUCUGGCGAAUACGCCAAGGGAUGGGCUCAUUACUUCGAGACUCUCUUGGGAAUGGAGACGGAUACUUCGGAAAUGUUGAACGAGAUGAUCACUGCUCUACGACCGUUUGGACGGAUUGGCGUGACGGGUAUUUAUGCUGGAUAUACAAAUCACUUCAAUAUCGGCGCCAUAAUGCAAACCGGAAUCCGAUUAAUCGGCAACGGCCAAGCCCCAGUCCACCGAUACUGGGAGCAUUUGCUCGAUCUCGUUCGACGCAAGGAAAUUGAGCCAUUGAAGAUGGUGACACACCGGGUACGCCUGGAGGAUAUGGAAAAACUGUAUCAACAGUUUGAGAAACGGGAGAAUGGUAUCCAGAAGGUUUUCGUGGCGACCAAGUACUCUGCGCCGCCGUGCCCUGGGGCGCCGGCUUUGACUGAGUUGUGAGUGCAUUGUUUUUGGUUACGGGGCAAGGAUGGCUUGCAGUUUCGAUUGCGAUGUAUGACUAUCCAGAUGGAAAUGUGUACUAGUAGCGUAUUUGAAUUAAUGAUAAGUUUUUAC